GUGCGCAGGGCUUAGUCCGCAACAAGCCGCGCCGCCCGUGGCAGUAUCGCGCAUACUGCACUACUACGUAAACAAACCUUUAUAGACAGUUCCCGUGUGACGAUAGUGGUGGUGCUUCGAUUUUGAUUACUAGUUCUAGUUACAAUGGCGAGGGUCUUCGCCAUAGUUCUGGCGCUAUGCAGCGCUGCGCGCGGCCAGGGCUACAGCGGAGCCUCGGCAGGGGAUGGGCGAGUGCUUUACCUGCAGGACACCCCUUUGCUGGCUAGGUUGCCUGUAAACGGAUAUGGCGGAUCAGCCUCGUCAGGAUAUCAGGCCAGCACUCCACGAAGCAGGUUCAACAAUCCGCCACCUCCUCUGGGAAAUGGCGUGGAUGUGUCAGGGCAGACAUGUGGGCUCGCGCCGCCGUUUUGUGAAAAGUCCCGGUACCGAAGCAUCGACGGCUCCUGCAAUAACCUCGAGCGUCCUGUGUGGGGCAUGCCCCAGACCCCCUAUGGACGACUACUGCCUUUCAAUUACGCUGACGGUAUAAGCGCUUGGCCGGUGUCCACAACAGGGCAGCCGCUUCCGAACCCUCGUACGAUCAGUCUGACACUGUUCCCCGACAAGAACCUCGUGGACCCAGUGUGGACCUUGAAUUCCCAGCAGUGGGGCCAGAUCAUCACGCACGACAUGUCACUUACGGCUGGAGUUACUCAGACUCAACCCGGCAACGAUACAAGAAACUCCAAUACAACAUCUAACAACAAAGAACCUGUGACGUGUUGCGACGACAACGGGCGGCUCGCGCCCGACUCGGCCACCAACCCGCAGUGCCGGCCUAUCCUCAUCCCGCGGGGCGACCCCGUGCACGCGCCCUACGGCACACAGUGCAUGAACUUCGUGCGCACCACUUCCUCCAGAGACCGUGGCUGCACGCCUCUUAAUGCCCCUGCCGCCCCGUUAUCAGUAGUGACGGCGUACAUGGACCUGUCUCAAAUAUACGGCAGCAGCGUGGGUCAGGCGGCGCCGCUGCGGGAGAACCGCGGGGGCCGCAUGGCGACGUUGAAGCGUGGAGGCCGCGAGUACCCCCCGCAGGACCCCAACGUGACGGUCACCUGCGAGUCCGCCCAGUCACCCAACGAGCCCUGCUACUUGGCCGGUGACAUCCGAAUGAACCAGAACCCGCAGCUGACGGUGCUGCAGAUCGUGCUGCUGCGCGAGCACAACCGCAUCGCGGACGCGCUGGCGCACCUCAACCCGCACUGGAGCGACGAGACCAUCUUCCAGGAGGCCCGCCGCAUCAACGUCGCCCAAUACCAGCAUAUCAACUACUAUGAAUAUCUGCCAAUCUUCCUUGGACACGAGAACAUGAUAAAGAACAAGUUGAUCUACCCGGGCGUGCAAGGGUACGUGAACGACUACAACCACAACGUGGACCCGUCCGUCCUCGACGAGCACGCAACCGCCGCCUUCAGGCAUUUCCACACGCUCAUCCGCGGCUAUUUACAGUUAAUAUCUGAAAGCCGAAAACUACUAGGCGCAGUACGGUUGAGCGACUGGUUCAACCGUCCCCUGAUUCUGGAAGUCGGCCAUACUUUCGAGGACUUGGCUCGGGGUUUGACGACGCAACCGCAGGAUUUCAGCGACCAGUACUGGACCAGUGAGAUUACACAGUUCUUAUUCAAACGUAACAACACGGUCGGAGGCGACCUCCGCGCGACCGACAUCCAGCGCGGCCGCGACCACGGGCUCGCCAGCUACGUGGCCACGCGCGCCGCGUGCGGGCUCCCCGUGCCCCGCACCUUCCACGAUAUGACUGACUAUAUAUCCCCGAAGAAUGUAUUAAUUCUGAAACAUCUGUACGCGUCUCCCGCGGACGUGGACGUGGUAGUUGCGGGCUCGCUGGAGCGCAACGUGCCGGGCGCCCUGGCUGGCCCCACCUUCCUCUGUAUCCUGACUGAGCAGUUCUACCGCACGCGCGUCGGAGACCGAUACUUCUACGAGAACGGCGCUGACCCCGUCACCGCCUUCACCCCCAGUCAGCUGGAGAGCAUUCGCCACGGAGCCUCGAUGGCGCGGGUGCUAUGCGACAACGUCGACGGUAUCCACAUCAUGCAGCCCAAGGCCUUCGAACUGAUCAAAAUCGGGAACCCUCUAGUGCCGUGCGACCACUUGCCAGCUAUCGAUCUCUCAUUAUGGAAGGAUGCCACUGGAUCGUUCAAAUGAAAACUUGAUUAAUAUUUUUUCUAAGACGAAGCAGCUCAUUGCACUAAAUAAUAUAUAUUGUUAGUUGAAAUAUAAUAAUAACAUGCCAAUAGACCUCAUUGAACUUUUUCCUAUUAAGGGAUACAAUGUGCCUAGAUUUAUUGAAACGCUAAGUUACCUAAUGGUUGUGAUUAUUUUUUUGACAAAACAAAUCAACUGUCGACGUUUGGGAGUACCACCCAAUAGUUUUAAGUAAUUGGUCCGAUCCUCAAAAUAUGUUACCUUAAUCAUUGUUUUUUUCGAAGAAAAAAGUACCUACAUGUUUACCUACGAAAUUUUGUUAUAAUAAAUAAGUUUGAUAUUAUUGUUGCAUUCAUAGUGGUACUUUCAAAUACCGAGAUUAUUUUUGAUAUUUAUAACAAUAUUGCUUUUAAUAAUAAAAUACAUUAAGUCCAUACAGAUAAUUUAAAAAUAUAGACGUUAUGUACAUAUAGACGUUAUGUGUGUUAAGUGAGCCAUUUGAUAUUUUUAAUUUAUUGGUGUAAAUGUUUUUUGCUACUUACAUUUUUGUGAAAAAGGUGCUACUUAAGUACAAAAAGUACGUGCAUUGUGAAUACACUAUACUAAUGAACAUAAAUAUAUAUCUCAUAAGGAUGACUUGCAAACGUGCUAUUAGCCAUAUUUCCAUUCUCCAAUUUUAAUGCUUUCAACUUGGAAUACAUUGAAUUUGAGUGGCCUAUAAAAAAUAUAAAAGUUCAUUGCACGCCAUAUUUAUUAAUUAUAUGUUAAAAUUAAAUAUCUGUUUUAUGUACAUUCAAAAAUGAUAUUAUUAGACUCCUUCAAUUUGUACAUAUUUAGACAAUAGGUAUUGAAUUGAAUGUUAUUCUUUUAAACGAACCUCAAGAAGAGGAGGCUCCAUAUUUGCGUGUAUGUUUGUUACUGUACAUAAGUUUAUAUACAUGUUUCUAUGAUUACGAAUGUGCAUUCAGGAUUGUUUUGACAAAAAAAUAGUAUUAAAUAAAUAGGAAUACCUUACUUA